AUGGAGAAUCAAAAUGAGGACUUAUCGGACUUGGAAAAUGAGAGAGUGAACAAAUGUUUAGAAGGGAUUAGUGAACUCAAAGAAAAAGUAAACGCGGGCUUAAAACUGUGAGUGUUUUCGAAUAAAAAAGGCCCUGGAUUUUUUUUUGAUUUUUCAGAGUUUAUGAAGAUUUACGUCCUUUAGACCCAGAGGAUAUGAGAAAAUUGUUACUACGAAAAAAUGGAAGUAUAAGAUACGGUUCCACCUUUCCGGAAUAUUAUAAGAAGCUUUGGUCGAUUGAUUUGGAUGUGAUGUAUCAACAAUUUUCAGAGUUUAUUGAGAAUGUAAUGGAUGAACUGAUUGAAACUGAUGGUACACCCUUGCCUAGCUUGGUAUGUGAUGAUCAAAAUGAUCCGAUGAUUGUUCUAAGACAGCCAGAAAAUUGUCGAGGAAUUGAUGAUGCACCACAAAAUGGUGACAGAAUUAUUGAAGUAAGAGAUGUGAGUUUUUGGGGUGCAGCUGUGUUUUAUUAUAUCGUUUGCAUUGCUCAUAUUAGCCCUUUGCACCACCGACGUUUUGGUAAUAUAAAAUUCAAAUUUUUCAGAAAGUUGUCAUUUCUGAUUCUAAUGGAACAAUCAAAAGUGUAUCUGAAGAAUCAUCUUCAACAAUUCCACAAUCUCGUUUCGGAAUCGAUUGGGCGAAAUGGUUUCCACCUCUAACAUUCCACACAUUUUUAUCGCAUUAUUUGCCAUUUUCUGGUGCUGUAUCACAUACACUUUAUACAAUUCAUCUUUUUAGUCCAAAUAUUAUCUCGAGGUUAGUUUUUGAAGGGAGUGCUUAUUUUCAUUGUUUUAUUGCAGUUUGUUCCCAACCGGUGAUCUUGCUGUCAGUAAUACGAUUCUGUUCAAUGCAAAUGUGGGACUCGGUUUCUACGUGUAUUUUAGAAGAAAUUUGAAUCGUGUCAAUAAAUGGGAAAGAAUCGAAUUCAGUGUUUUGACAUCGACUCUUUUCAAUUUCAUAAGUUUGCCUGCCGCUGUUUUGAUCAAAGCCAUUUUUCCGUCAAAGUGAGUUUUAUAUUUUGAAAUUCGAAAAUGAGAAAAACAGUUUUUAAAACGAACAUAAUUUUAGAUCACAAACAUGGCUCAAAACAUUGUUUGCAACAUCCUUCAGUGUCUAUCUUUUAUCAAGAGCUUAUCGUUUAUUGAGGCUUUUGGAUGAUGAAAGUUCAAGAUCUUCCGUCUCGCCAGUCAGCCUUUCUUUACCAAAUUUUUAA